GACCUUUUCCUUUCAUCUUUAUACUUAAUUUUGUGUUAAUUUUUUCUUUUUUUUUUGAUUACAUAUUCAAACAUGGCCAAUGUAUUACGCAAGAAAACAGUAGGUAUGGAUGCUUUACGACGGAGAGACAGAGAUCGUCAAGGCAAUACAACAAGAGGUACCAGCAGUAGUAGUAGCAAUAAUAGUAUUCACACCGUCAUCUCAUCACCUUCACCCACAACAACAUCUGUGUAUUCCCAACCUUUUCAUUCAUCUGCUUCAAGUCGAACUCCCAAAGUAACACGUCCAUCUACCAAUAUGCCCAUGGCUUCAGGUCCUAUUACAAUAGAUUUACAUCGGUUUGCUGACGAACAUUUACAACCUCAAGAAAUUGUCAAACAGCUCCUUGGUAAUGCUAGUGAAGAAGAUGUUCGAGGGUUUCACAAAGCUCUAGUGGAAGCCAAGCAAACUGUAGGUGGCGACUUGCAACGUAAUGUGUAUCGCAAUUAUACUGAAUUCGUCUCGAUUUCCAAAGAAAUUGCCAAUUUGGACGGUGAUGUUAUGCAUUUGAAAAUGUAUUUGAAUGAAGUACGUGGGAUUUGGCAAAGUUUUUUGACUAUGUCUGAUCAAUUGGAUCAAGGUGACGCGAUUAAGGAUGAUGAAAUCAUUCUUUCAACAAGAAAACCUAGUGAUUUGAAGACAGCAGAUACCCAAAGUGUUUACAAGGCACAACUAACGGCUUUAUGGGAAAAUGUAGAAGAAUCUCAGAAAUUUGUGAAAUACGCUCCUAGUCGUCAUAUUAUUCGUGAAUUUGCUCAUUUUAUUGAAUUGGAUCCAAGAACAGAACAAGCUCGACGACAUGUACAUCUCUUCUUAUUGAACGAUUGUCUCUUGGUAGCAGCAAGAAAGAAUCGAUCCAUGUCCACCAAAAACAAACUUGUCGCCAUGUAUUGUUGGAACAUUCUUGAUAUACGGAUGAUCGAAAGAACAAAUUCAAAUGGCAUCGUAGCGGGAGUUGAUGUAUAUGUGGGUAACCGAAUAUUCGCGUAUCGAUCUGAUCGACCAGAAGAAGGAUCUUCUUUAUUUCAUUCUUUUACUCGGCUCUUGGAUGAUAAUGAAUUGAAUAUCUUGGGACAAACAAAUGGUGAAUCAAAUUUCAGGGAUGUUGUGAAGCCUCCUAGUGAAGUCAAACCUGGUCAAAGCAAAGACAUCAAAUUGGAUGACGAAGAUCAGCAAUGGUUGGAAAUACUCCCUGAUGAACUCGAAGUAAUGAUUGCCUUGCGUCGAUUUGAAGAAGCAGUAACAUGUAUUACAAAAGCACGUGGAAUAUUAUCGAUUUAUUCCAACAAUCCUCCUCCAUUAAUCAGGGACUCAUUAGAUAAAGUGGCGAAAUAUACAGAUUCUCUUGGUGCAACUAUUUGUAAUGAUCUUGGAAACCCUUUGUUGACAAAGUUACAAUUUCAACGAUAUGUGGAUUGGUUAUUACGACUUGACAAAGGGGAAAAGGCUCGGGAGGUAUUUUUAUCAACACGUUCACUUAUUAUCAAAAAAAGAAUCAGACAAUUGACAUUCGAAGGAGAUACUACAACUUAUAUCAACGAACUGGCUUUGGUAGUAUUUACUUUGAUACGAAAUACAUGUGAAUGGUAUCGAGAUUCUUUCAAGUUGAAUGCAAUGUCCUCAGGAUUUGUGACAUGGGUAAGAGAACAAACGGAAAUCUAUGCAGAAAUCUAUAAACGACAAGUAUUUUAUCAAAAUCAACUCGGAUGCCAAGUGAUUGCUGAUUGUUUCAAAUCUACUCUUGAUCAAUGCUCUAUGCUUCGUAAGGUUGGUCUUGAUCUCAAAUUUUUAUUGGAAGAUUUGUUUUUGGAUAAUAUCAAAGAAACAGUGUUUGCAUAUGAAAAGAAGGUCGGUAGCAAGAUUGACAAAUUUGUUCAAAAUGAUAAUUAUACUACAGUAUCCAGUCAGAAUUUGGGUCCAGAUGUCAAGGUGACUUCUAGUGUAGUCGGUUUUUAUAACAUUUUGGUGAAAUUUGUUCAUGACAUUUGUUUGAUAGCUAAACUUCAGUUAUAUACAACAGUGAUCGAUUGUGUAUCUCGAUUGACGGAACAUUAUCUACGAUCCAUGUUGAAUGAAAGUCAGAAAAGGGAUCUUAGUAAGGAUCAGAGAUCUGCUGCACUGAUGAAUGUAUCCUUUGUUUUGGAUAAUGUUAUACCAAGGGUUUCAUCUCAAUUCAAUUAUCAAUUUGAUCGACCUAUACCUGAAUUGGAUUCUCUAAGAGCAAGGUUACGUGAACUGACUUAUCGAAAAUAGAAUGUCCGACUUGCCACUUUCUCUCCAAGUUUGUCAAAUGAAAUCCCUUGUCCACAUGUGAAAACUUUUUUUUUGACAUCUUUUUUCUUUCUUUUCUAUUUUACUCGUC